UGGCACUGUUAAUGGUGGUGCAGUAUGCGAAAAUCACUGUAUCGUGUGGAUUGACCCUCUGGAUACGCUGACUCCUCAGACGUUUCGGGAAAGGACUGUCAGUUGCCAGUGACCGGGGACCAACGGACUGAAGAUGGAGGAGCCCGUGGUGUUGGUUUAUAACACGGGUGGGAAGCUGCACGUCAACCCGGAGGCCCUGAGGUUGCUCCAGUCCGUCGUGGAUCCGCUGGUUGUGGUGGCCGUGGCUGGUACUUAUCGUACAGGGAAGUCCUACCUCCUGAACCGCCUCGUGGGAGUCAAGAAGGGAUUCUCACUGGGAUCAACCGUCCAGUCUCACACCAAAGGAAUCUGGGUGUGGUGCCGACCCCUCCCUCAGAGACCGGGGCAACGCCUCCUGCUGUUGGACACGGAGGGUCUGGGAGAUGCCAAGAAGGGAGACAAAGACAAUGAUAAUUACAUCUUUUCACUGGCCAUUCUCUUGAGCAGCAUCUUUAUUUACAACGGUCGGGGAAAUAUAGACCAGAAAUCCAUGGCGGACUUAUAUUUUGUGACUGAACUGUCCAAACGGAUCCAGGUGAGGUCCCAGCACAAUGUCAGUGACAGUCGGGACUUUGUCCGUUUCUUCCCCGAAUUUGUGUUGCUGAUCCGUGAUCUGAGCCUGGAGCUGGAGGUCGAAGGGGACGAGGUGUCUGCGGAUGAUUACCUGGAGCACUGUCUCCGUCUGAGGGAGGGUGAUGAGCAGAACCGGGAAUACAACAACCUCCGCAGGGGUAUCCGGGAUCAUUUCCCCACGCGUCGCUGCUUUGCAUUUCCCUUUCCGGCUCAAUGGAAGAAACCUAAUGACCUUCAGGAUAUGGAGGACGAGGAUCUGGAUGAGGAGUUUGUCGAGGAGCUCCAGAGACUCCACCAAUACGUUCACACCCACAAGAAAGUCAAGAGGGUUCUCGGGGGUCACCCGGUCACGGGCAGGAGAUUUGCUGAACUGACCCAGACCUAUGUGGACAUGAUGGCGGACGGGGCCCUACCGUGUGUGGAGAGGAGUGUCGCGAGAUUGAUGGAGGUGGAGAACAAGGCAGCAUUGGAUGAAGCCCUGGCCUUUUACACACAGAAAAUGAGCCAAUUCUCCCAUCGUGGCCCUGAGGCUUUCAGCAAACUCCUCAAGGAUUCUCAUGAGAACUUCAGGGAAGCACUGAAAAUCUUCAUGAAAUAUUCUAUGUACGAGCCCAGUGAAAAACACAUCCAAGAGCUGGAGGAGGCCAUGAGUUCCCAUUACAAUUCUCUCAUGGGCAAGAUCGAGGCUGAGUCACGAGAGCGAUGUGAGAAAUAUCUCUCCGAAGCGAUGGGAUCUAUUCCGGAAAAUCUGGCUUCUGGACACUACCUGGCAGCUGGUGGGUACCAGGAGCUGGAUUCUGUGCUCAGUGAGGCUGUCAAGAAGUAUAGAGCUGCAACAAAGGAUGAAGUGCGGGGGAGUGACGUGCUCUCCUGCUUCCUGGAAGAAAAGAAACCUCUUCUCGACCAGGUACAGAAGGCGGACAGGAAACUGACGGAGGAAACGCACGGUAAGAAAAUAAACAAGUGGCUGUAA